AUGUCUUUGCAUGCACACAAUGAUGCGCUGAUGUGUAAGGUGUUCCCCUCAAGUCUCGACUCCACGGCUUUGAGAUGGUUUAAUGGGUUACAAAAAGGUUUCAUUCACAAUUUUGCCAAGCUAAUCCAGGAGUUUGGCGCUCGAUUCGUUACAUGUAGCUGGGUGCCACAACCGGCGAACACGUUGCUUUCCAUAAAAAUGAGGGUUGGCGAAACCCUUCAGAGUUAUGCCAGUCGAUAUUGGGAGCUAUACAAUGAAAUCGGUGGGGGUGAUGAGAAGAUUGCGGCAAGCACUUUCAGGAUAGGGCUUUUCGAGGACUUUGAACUACGGGAGUCGUUGACGAAAAGACCUCCUGAUGAUAUGAGGCAACUUAUGAGAUGUAUUGAGGAGUAUAAACGUCUCGAAGAUGAUCGGUUGCAGAAUAAGGGUAAGGCCCCGUUGCUUAGUUGCUCCUGA